AUGAUAUUGGCCAUUGCUUUAUUAGUUAAUAAUCUAGGCUUGUUCAUUUUGGAAGUCAUCGGACAUCAUGUUUGUCAUAGUGUUGUGAUGCUUCUUGAUGGUUAUUAUCAUCUAUGUCAAGCUAUUCUAUGUACAGUACGGAUCGUAUCACGUCGAAUUCAAUUCACGUAUACAUCCCGGCAUACAUAUGGUUUGGCUCGAGUUGGCGUUGUUGGUGAAUUAGUUGCCUUUAUUAGUUUUCUUUCGUUAUCUGUUUCGGUGUUUCUUGAAAGUGUUAAACAUCUUGUUGAUGUUGUUUUUAUCUUACCGCAACGAGAGAAUAAUAGUACAACAUUGUUCACUGCUCAUGGGCACGAACAUAUUCAUAGUAUUAUUGAUCAUCCUAAAUUUAUUCUUGGUGUUGGUAUUUAUGCAACUGUAUCUAAUUGUUUAUUAGGCGUUGCAAUACUCUACAACGUGAUAAAACGCGCAAGGAAAUUGAAACAACAAUUAAAACAUUCAAAACAACAUCUUCAACACCCAUUACCGAAGAAAUUGCUUUCGAAAUCUUUACUUAUUUCGGAUACACUGUCGACGAAUCAUUCGUUUCUUCAAGUACUCAAUAUGUUACUGGGUCCUCUAGCAAUAUUAGCUUGUGGCAUAUUAUUGAUAAUGCUAUCUGAAGCGUAUCAUGUUCGAGUCAUAUACACUCGUCUUGUUGAUCCAAUCAUUGGCUGUUUUCUCUUUCUUUCGUAUUUUCUGAUGAUUUGUGUACCAAUUCGAGAGGUCGUACAUCUCGUUUUACAAGCUAAACCGAAUGGUCUUAAAUCUGAUGAAAUCGAAGCAACCAUUAUUGCAUCUAUUCCAGGUGUGUCAAAAAUUCAUGAAUUUCAUGUAUGGCGUUUAACACCACAAAAAACUUUAGCAACAAUUCAUAUUGUUUUUAAUACAACAAAAGAUAUACUUGCUAAAUAUCAAAAUGUCUCCUUAAUAUUUAAAGCACAUCAUAUUGAUCAUGUUACAAUACAACCUGAAUUUUCAUUGCUUCCAGGUGAAAUUGCAAAGCUGACAAAUGAGCAACAAUCCUCAGUUCAAAAUCAUGAAUGUAGUACAAUUCAAUGUUCGGAGAAAACAACAAUUGAAGAGAUCGAUGGCGAAGAUGAGACACCAUCAUCAAUACCUAAAAAUCAUUUUCAUCGUCGUAGUAGUAUAAGUUUAAAUUCAAUUGAAUCAGAAAAUGAAAGCAAAACAAUAGGAUAA